CGACGGCGGCCAGAAUUAUAGUGGGCGGAAAUCGGGAAAAGCUCGAAGGAAAUUCACGACCAUCCGCAGAUUGCUGGCAGACCUUCUCACGUACGGCCGGAGACGAAGCCAGCAUGCACCGGACUUGAACUCACAGCCACCGCAUUGAUGAUGCAUUCUCUUGUUGUCGCCCUUAUCCUGCAGCUUAGUUGUGGAUGCCAGGAGUCCGUCAGUAGCACCAUACCGCCAGGGACGACGACGCCCCCACCUCCAACAACGAUGCCCUGGAUAACAACAACACCUCCUCCUCCUACAACAACGACAACAACCAAUAUUCCGACAACUGUUCCAUGGACGCCACAAGCCACAACCACCACCAAUCCACCAACGACCCCUCCUCCUCCGACCAUUUCGAGCACGUAAGUUAACAUUCCCGACAAAUACCAACAUAGAUUUUGUUUCCACAGGGUUUGAGGGGACUCUGGGCCUUGUGGAUGACGUGCUAGUUCAUGAGUUGAAACACAUCUCAUGCUGACUUGCUUUCAGGUCAUGGGCUCCCCCAGCGGAUCUGUCCUGUCUC